GGAAGGUUGCGAAUCUACCUACAGGCCUUGUAUAAGAAUUAUCAAUGUAAAUUCUGACUUAUCUUGUGCAUUUUAGUUGUCUGACAUGGAUCGGACAUGUCGACGCAAGAGCCCUUGUUACCACUCGAUGAUCUCCCGAGUCUAUCCCAAUGGAACGCCCAAGUUUCCCUUUCGGGCAACAGAGGGAGAGUGAAUCUGAUGAGUCAGCACCUUUUUCAACAUGAACAACCUCACCUCUCACCACACUCCAUCUCCAACGGUAGACCAAUCCGCGCAAACCAAUAACGCCACACAAGGAAAAGCCAUGGGCGCACAACGCGACAACAACACCCCCCACCCGGCCCCCUCAUCCCUCCAAACCCUCCUCAACACCACCGCCCCCGUGAAAUCCUGCUCUCCCCACCUCCAACACCUCGCCCUGCAAGUAGCCCACACGCUCAAAUUCCAACACAACUGGACCGACAUCCGGAUCCACUACAACGCUUCCCCAUCCCCUUCCAACGCGAAUCCAAGUUCUUCCCCGCUUCCCCGCCCCGUGCUCUCAGGCCUCCCCCCCGCCCGCCUCUACACCCACCCCGACGAGCAAAUCGCGCUCCUGCAAGCGCAGAAAGCGGCGGGGAACGCAGGGCAGGCGUUGGCUGUGCAGCCGCAAAGGGAAUGGGUGUUGCCCACGCAGCUGCGGGAGCGCUGGACGUUGAGGAAAUUUGGGGAGGUGUUUGAUGGGCUUGGCGCUGUUCCGGGGCCUGCGGAGGGGGUGGAAGUUUUUCGGCGCGGGGAGGUGGGGUUGGGGGUUGAGGUUGAGGUUGAGGAUGUUGAUGUUGAUGUAAUGGGGCGGGACCAGGUUGGGUUGGAGGAGGGGGAGAGGAAGUGGCGGCUUGAGGUGCCGAAGCGGUUGCUGCUUGCUACGUUGGAUGAUGAUAGCACGGUGGCGUUUUAUAUUGUGCAUGAUGGGAUUGUAAAGCCGCGGCAGAAUUGAUGUGAUGGGUCUAACGAGGAGAACAGGAGAGACUUGAUGGGAAUGGUAGGUCGUUUCCUAUCUCAC